UUCACACUCGGGUGGGCGGAUCGUAGCGGUGACAGCGACGCUCGGAGACUCCAGACAAACUGUCAAAAAAAAAAACACAGACAACUAACGCCAUGGCGGAGUUAGACCUGAGUCUGAGUGAUGCGCUGACUGACAGCGUUCCCCAGCAGGGCCCUGAGAGCCUGGUGGAGCGGGAUUUUGUGGCCCAGCUGGAGGCCGAGACCUUUGAUGACCAGAUCGGGGAGACGGUGGGAAAGACGGACUACAUCCCCCUACUGGACAACGAUGACCCCAGGGCAGACACGGGUACUGCGUUGGAGAAUGGAGAGCAAGAAGCACAUGGAGUGCAAAAGCCUGGUUGUAAGCUGACCACAGGGGGACAGACUUCAGCGUCGCGCCCGGAGCCGCAAGGAGAGGUGUGGCCAAAAUCACUUGACCAGAAGCAGGCCCUAGCUACGGACUUCUUAUCAGCCUCCAUGGCAAGUUAUUCAGAUCCUCUGGGCUCUCAGACCAGCCCUGCCCCAAUGAUGGACACUGGCCGGAUGGGAGCUUUUUCAGGUUUCUCCCAGUCUGCUGGGAUGGGGGUCAACAUCGAGGUUGGGGCUGCCCCUCUGUCAGGUGAGAGGACUCCAAGUAAAGCCGAACCCCAGCACCCCACACCCACAGCGGGGUCUGAAGCCCCUAAAGAGUACAGCCCCAUGCUGCCUGAACCUCAGGCUCCCCGUAGCCCUCUGGACCUGUCAGCAGGUGCAUUAGGCGACUGCUGGCAAGACCAGGCUGACUGUCUGUCGACAGACCUCCCUUUCACUCCAAGCGUUACCACGGUGAUCAGUCGCCAUGCCAGCCAGCUAGCAGUCAGCCCUGAUGACCCACCUGACAGUUGGCCUACGCGAGAGAGCACAGCCUAUGCCGGAGGGGACGAAAAAGAGGGAGAGGGCUCCGACCGAAAGCAGAACAAGAAGAAGAAAAAAAGGCGACAGAAAGAUGAGGGAUCUUAUGAGCACCUAGAGAGUAAAGGUCACCUUGAGGUGCAAGCAACUGGAGAAAACACAGAGGAGUUCUACAGCAGGAUAGGCCCGAGGAGAGAUAAAGGAGAGGCUGGAUGGGAGGAGCAGCUUGGGAAGAGUGGAGGGAGGGGGAAGAAGGGUAAGAGCAGGAAGAAGAUUCCGGAGUGGGGAGUGAUGGCGGAACCGUUUGUCCCUGCAUCAGCAGCCUCUCAAAUCACAGAAGACGAUAUGAUGGAUUUAGGAAGUUCUGUGCAGUUGGAGUCCUCAUUCACAGACAUGGAUAACAGCUCCAGCGCCUGGAAAAAGGAGGUUUUCCCAGAAGAAGGCCUAGUCCCUUCUCCUCUGUCCCAUGACCUUUUCUCUUCAACUGCUUCUACCAUCAACCCAUUGGUCCUGAACAGCGAGCUGAAAGCCACAGCGCCUCCGUUCGCGAUGCCGUCUACCACAACUGACAGUGUAACACUUGGCUCCCUCCCCAUGGCUCCCCACCCAGAUGAUCCAUUCAACCUCCUAAUGGAUACUGAAAAUGCCAGCUUGGGUAACAGCAGCCAGGCCAUUUUGCCAACUUUCUCUCAAGAGAUUGACACAAUGGCCGGUGACGUUGUUGACAGUGGGAUAUUUGACACUACCAGUUUCCUCCAAGAGUCUUGUGUGCAAGGGCUACCAGAGGGAGACACCUCAGCUUUCAGCCCGGCAUCCCAACCAAGCCCAGGUUUUUCCCCAAAAGGUGAGGUGUUAGCCUCGGCCCCUCCUCUCUCACCAUCAGAUUCUUCUUGGGUCCUGAACAACUCCUCCAUGAGCAGGGACAGCGAGCUAUUUGACUUCAGUGAGGUCAACACUUCAAGUGAUCCUGUUACCUUGGGGCUUUCCUUUGACACCCCAAGCCCAGCGCCUCUCCGCUCUCCUAAGACCACAGCGCAAGAGUCCAAAGCCAAAGAGCAGAAGGAUGGGAAAUCUUGCCAGAAACAAUCCAAGAAGUCUCGUUCCUCAUCCUCCUCCUCCUCUUUGAAGAGUCCCACCUCCCCAGGAGCUAAGAAGUUCCCUUCACCAGCAUCCCCACUCAUCAGUCCCUCUUCCCCUCCAGCUGCAAACGCCCUGGGAGUCCUACCCUCUGGCCUCAACCCUGCAGCUAAACCCUUCUUUCCAAGUUUUGCUGAUUCCAUGGACGAACCAGCCGUGGUCCCUCCAGUUGACCCUUUCAUGGAAGGUUGGUUGUAGUAACUGCUGGACAAAGUAGAAGUAGAGUAGACAAAUACAUAGAUGACAGAUAGAUAGACCCGUUUGUAUUGUCCCUGCAUGGAAACAUUUGUCAAAAGACCUGUUUUCUGGCUGAUCCAAUCCGGACUACUUGUGAGUGACUAACGCAUGGACUCAAGUGUUGAUCAGCUGAGGCUGUGGAUUGGCUUGA